AUGGGAGGAAUCCUCAUGCAGCAUCACCAAAUCUCUCCCAGUCCUCUGCGAAAAGCCGCCUUCCCCGGAUCAUUUGCUCUCCCAAGAGAUUUUGCUCUCCAUCGCGCUCCACUGCGGGGUUCUCUGCCCUGCUCAUCUUCCCUGACGGUCAGAUCCGAAGCCAACGGGUAUCCGCCUUCAAGAAUGGCGGUCAAGAAGCACAGCAAAGAAGAGCUCAUAGAGUUCUUCAGCGGCAUCCAGGCCGCCAUUACCAGGGACUCGCCCAAGGCGCCCGGGAGGACGAGGAAGCCGUCGUCGCCGGCUGGCACGCUCCAAGAGGCCGGCAUGAAGCUGCAACCACACGAGGGACUGCACCAAGACGGGCAGCCAAAUUUGGAGGACAUGAAGGUGCCCGAGCUGAGGGACAUGGCGAGGGUGAGGGGGAUGAGAGGCUACUCCAAGCUGAAGAAAGGGGAGCUCAUUGAUCGUCUGAGGGGGUUGGCCUGA